AUGGCAACGGCAAUGGCAAUGUUGAUGAGUGAAGAGAAUCUUGGGAGGCGUCUCGUGUGCAUGGAGGAUGGCGAGGUGCCUGAAGUGAGGCGUCGCAUUAAGCGUAGAAAAAGAGAUGUAGAAAAUGAAGUUGAUCCAACAACCGCUCCAACAACUGUGAAAAGAAGUUCUAGAUUUCGAGGUGUUAGCAGGCAUCGAUGGACUGGUCGAUACGAAGCACAUUUGUGGGAUAAACUCUCGUGGAACGUUACUCGUAAGAAGAAGGGGAAACAAGGAGCUUAUGAUGAUGAGAAAGCUGCUGCAAGAGCAUAUGAUUUAGCUGCAUUGAAGUAUUGGGGAACAUCAACUUUUACUAACUUUCCGAUACCUGAUUACGAGGAAGAAAUAGAAUUCAUGCAAACUGUCACAAAAGAAGAGUACCUAGCCUCAUUAAGAAGAAAGAGCAGUGGAUUCUCAAGAGGUGCAUCAAAGUACAGAGGAGUUGCAAGACACCAUCACAAUGGAAGAUGGGAAGCAAGGAUUGGGAGAGCUUUUGGAAAUCAGUAUCUCUAUCUUGGCACUUACAGCACCCAAGAAGAGGCAGCUCGUGCAUAUGAUAUUGCAGCAAUUGAAUAUAGAGGAAUCAAUGCUAUCACAAACUUUGAUUUGAGUUCUUACAUUAGAUGGUUGAAACCAGAAUCCAACAUCUCAAUUCCUGCUCAAGAACAAAGGCCAAAUCCUAUUACUCACAAUAAAUUGCGAGCCUCCAUGCUACAAACAAGAGAUUACGGUGCAGAUAACCUAAUUAAGCAAGAAAUAUUCGAACAAAAAAUUCAGGUUAAUUCAUGCAGAAAAUCUUCUUCUCCAACAGCAGUUGAUCUUCUUCUCCGUUCUUCCAUGUUUAGAGAACUGGUUCAAAAGAACUCAAAUUUCAUGGAAGACGAAAAUGGAGACAGAGAAACUGCGAAGAACGUGCCACGGGCUGGUAGUGAUGAUGAGUAUGGAGAGAAAUUCUGUGAUGGAACUCAAGAUUUUCCAGAUGUGCUGUCUUUAGAUGAUUAUAGCAUUGAUUUGCAAAGAGAACUUAGUUUCAAUUUCAAUUAUGAUUUUGCAAGCAUGAAUGGGAGCAACAUGUUCAACAUGGCCUCAACCUGUUAA